AUGGCCGAGGGCAUCCUCAACCAGCCCUUUGACUUUUCGCAAGCCUUCGACCGCGCCGUCAAGAACAUUGUCAACACCCUCCCUGGCAGACCGCCCCACGAAACAGACGCAGACACCAUGUACUACUGCGCUUUCUACGGCAGCUUCGGACAGUUCGCUACCAAUCCUCGUACUCUGAGCUCUCAGCACCUCAACCACAUGGUCUCACUGGAAGGAAUCGUCACAAAGUGCUCCCUGGUCCGCCCCAAGGUCGUCAAGAGUGUCCAUUACAACGAGAACAAGUCAUCCUUCCACUUCCGCGAAUACAGAGAUCAGACCAUGACCAUGAACGGCGCCGCCAGCACCUCCGUCUACCCCACCGAAGACGACGAGGGCAACCCGCUCGUCACCGAAUACGGCUUCUGCACCUACCGCGACCACCAGACCAUCUCCAUCCAAGAGAUGCCUGAACGCGCUCCUGCAGGUCAACUUCCCCGAAGUGUCGAUGUCAUCAUGGACGACGACAUGGUCGACAGAGUCAAGCCUGGUGAUCGCAUUCAGCUCGUCGGCAUCUACAGAUCGCUCGGAAACCGCAACGCUGGUUCUGGUAGCUCGACCUUCCGUACUCUGGUACUCGCAAACAACAUCAUCCUCCUCUCCUCAAAGUCUGGUGGUGGCAUUUCUGCCCCCACCAUCACCGAUACAGACAUCAGAAACAUCAACAGAAUCUCAAGGCAGCGCAGAGUCUUUGAACUGCUCUCUCAAUCUCUGGCUCCCAGUAUCUACGGCCAUGACUACAUCAAGAAGGCCAUUCUGCUCAUGCUUCUCGGAGGUAUGGAGAAGAACUUGGACAACGGCACGCAUUUGAGAGGAGACAUCAACAUUCUGAUGGUCGGCGAUCCAUCUACUGCAAAGUCGCAACUCCUCCGCUUCGUCCUAAACACAGCUCCGCUAGCCAUUGCCACAACUGGUCGUGGUUCUUCCGGUGUUGGUCUGACGGCUGCAGUCACUUCGGACAAGGAGACUGGUGAACGCAGACUCGAGGCUGGUGCCAUGGUUCUGGCUGAUCGUGGUGUUGUCUGUAUCGAUGAGUUUGACAAGAUGUCCGACGUCGACCGUGUCGCCAUUCACGAAGUCAUGGAACAGCAAACUGUCACCAUUGCCAAAGCUGGUAUUCACACUUCUCUCAACGCCCGCUGCUCAGUUGUAGCAGCUGCCAAUCCCAUCUACGGUCAAUACGAUACUCACAAGGAUCCUCACCGCAACAUCGCCCUGCCCGACUCUUUGCUGUCUCGUUUCGAUUUGCUGUUCAUCGUGACAGACGAUAUCGAGGAUAUGAGAGACAGGCAAGUGUCCGAGCACGUUCUUCGCAUGCACAGAUACCGCCAGCCUGGAACAGAAGAAGGUGCACCAGUCCGCGAACAAGCAACUCAAUCUCUCGGUGUAGGUCUCGAAGAAGAGGCCGAUGCUGACAAGACUUCGGAGAUUUACGAAAAAUUCAACGUUAUGCUUCACGCAGGUGUCACGGUCACAGUAGGUCGCGGCACAGGUCGCAGGGUCGAAGUUCUCAGCAUCCCCUUCAUCAAGAAAGUCAAGCCCGUCCUCACCUCCGGAGCUGCCAACCACAUCAUCGCCACUUACUCUGCCCUCCGCAACGACGAGAUUGAGAGCAACCAGCGCAAGACUUCGCCCAUGACUGCGCGUACACUGGAAACUCUUAUUCGUUUGAGUACUGCACACGCCAAGUCUCGCCUCUCAAACCGUGUCGAACAGAAGGAUGCAGAAGUUGCCGAGGGUAUUCUUCGUUUCGCUCUGUUCAAGGAGGUUGCAGAAGAUGAACGCAGAAAACGCAGAAAGACUCGCGCAACCACCGAGCCUCUUUCAUCUGAUGAGGACUCAUCUGACGAUGACGACAUGGAUGCAACAACCACAAACCGCAGCUCUACACGUCGUGGCACUACACCGGCAAGAAGGAAUGCAAGAAGGAAACCGGCAAAUGGAGAUGAUCGUACUGCUUCAGGUGCUCUCCCAGAUGACGAGGACGAGGAUCUAUACAAUGCCACGCCAAAGGCUACCAGGACAAGACAAACACAAUCUUCAGCCCCACCACCUUCGUCCUCACAGUUCUCUCUCGCCUCAUCUCGUCCUGCAUCACAAUUACUGGAAUCGCAAUCUCAAUCCGCCGCUCCAGAGUCACAGGAGAUUGAGGAGACGCAAGAAGAGGGCAUCUCUAGCCAACGUCUGCAAGUGUUCCAACAGGCGCUUGGACAGCUCAUCGAUUCUCCAUUGUUUGCUAACGAUGCGGCGGAUCUGUAUCCUCUGAUGGAGGCAGUGAACGCAAGGUUGCCUGCCAGGGAAGAGCAAUUCGGCGAGCAAGAAGCCGAGCAAGCGCUUGUGGCGCUGAAUGAUGCCAACAAGAUCAUGUACAGUGGUGGCAUCAUUUACAAGAUCUAA